AAAAAAUCCAAAACACGAAAUGGCAAAGGAAGUCCAACAAACCAAGUUUUUGAAGCCAGGUAAAAUCGUCAUCAUCUUGCAAGGUAGAUAUGCCGGCAGAAAGGCUGUUAUUGCCAAGAACUUCGAUGAUGCUGCCAACGAUAAGUCCUUCCCACACGCUGUUGUUGUCGGUAUUGACCAAUAUCCAAAGUCCGUCACCAAGUCUAUGUCAUUGACUGCCAUGAAGAGAAGAAGCAAGCUCACUGUUUUCAUCAAGUCUGUCAACUACCAACAUAUGAUGCCAACUAGACACACUUUGGACAUGGAUUUCAAGGGUUUGAUUGCUGAUAAGACCUCUGAAGAUGCUACACAAAAGAAGGAAGCCAAGAAGGCCAUCAAGAAGAAGUUUGAAGCUAAGUACUUGAAGGGUGCUGUUCCUUUCCUUUGGUAACGUUCAUCCUUUCCUGCAAUUUGCAACAGUUUCUU